AGAAGAAGGAAAAUUUAGUUUAUGCAUUAUUGGAACUUAUUUCAGGGAAUACAUGAGACUUCUUUUGUUUGUCGGAUGAAGAGCUAAAACGGGGGACACAGGGCAGGACACAGUGAAAUUAAGUGUUUAAAUAAAUUAAUUUUUAGUGCGAAUCGGUAGUGGAGAUGAAAGAAUGCAGCUCUAGUGAUUAAUGUGAUCGUAGUGUAAGCCAACUCGGUGUAUAAUAAUUGCUGUGAUUAAAACAAAUUAGCAUGAGUUCUUACUUUACCAAUUAUAUGCCGGACAUGAGAAAUGGUGGUGUCGUAUCGGCUGAGCAUCAACAUCAGCAUUACGGAGCGGCGGUGCAAGUGGCCCAAGGCGGAGGACCUGUACAAGGAGAUCCGAACUCUUGCUCGGGUGAUCCUUCCGUGGUGGGCCUGCGACAGGGAAUACCCCCGCACCAUUAUGGCGGUCCGCCGGCCGCCGGCCAGCCGCCCCAAGGGAUGCCCUAUCCCAGGUUUCCUCCUUACGAUCGGAUGGACAUUAGAAACGCGGGUUAUUACAACGCGCAACAACAAAUGGACGGCCAAUAUAGACCGGAAAGUCCGACGAAUAUGCACAUGGCGACGACCGGACCUCCGAACGGCCAUCAAACGCCGGUUGUGUAUGCUAGUUGUAAAUUGCAAGCGGCAUCGGUGACACAGAACGGGGUGUUAGGCCCCACCGGAAGCCCCCCUUUAGAUAGUGCGCAAAGCAUGAACACCCAUCAUAUGGGUCAUCACAUGCAGGAGCAACAUCCCCAACACCAUCAGCCGACGCACCAUCCCCAACAGCAGCAGCAUAUGAUGUACGGCGCCCAGCCGGCCGCCAAUAUGCACCAGAAUCCCCAGCAUCAACCUGCGCUGCAACAGCAGCCCCAACCCGGUCAGCAGCCUCCCACUAAUACGGCUUCUGCGUUACCUAGUCCCUUAUAUCCUUGGAUGAGGAGUCAAUUUGAACGAAAGCGAGGUCGCCAAACGUAUACGAGGUACCAAACGUUGGAGUUAGAAAAAGAGUUCCACUUCAAUAGGUAUUUGACCAGGCGGAGGCGGAUAGAAAUCGCUCACGCGCUCUGUCUGACGGAAAGGCAGAUAAAAAUAUGGUUCCAAAAUAGGCGGAUGAAAUGGAAAAAGGAGAACAAGACCAAAGGAGAAGCAGGGUCGGAGGGCGGUGGCGACGACAUCAGCCCCCAAGGAUCGCCACAGUGAACCAAGACGUAUUAAAACCGUGUACCUUAAUACAUAUUUUAGUCAUUGCAUUUGCCUUUCGCUACCAGCCAAAGGCCUGUUUGGAACCUCUAGAAAAUCGGGCCUUUUACACAAUGACUUCUUCAACAAUUUAAACUACCUAAUUUAAAAAAAAUGUCAGUUAAUUAUCCAUUAAUGAAAUUAAAACAAAAGUUAUUUAUUUCUUAUUUUUCGAGUGUUUCGUAAUUUUGACCAAACGGCAUUUUGUAAAAGGCCCUUCGAACCCAUACAACCAUAAUGACCUCUUAUUAAAUCAUUUUUAAUUGUGUACAACUAAAUUCAAUAUAUAUUAGUUUCGAUACGCG